AUGUAUUGGUCGCAUUGGUUGCUGGGAGUGUUCUUGCUGAUGGCAUUUCAACUGUUGGUCAAUGGUUGGAAUUUAAGGUACAUUACAGGACUGUUGAUGCCGUUCCAAAAGAUGAUUCAGUUUCAGGAAAUUGUGUGGUUUAUCAGCCAAGAGCUUCGCACAGAGCACACGGAGCAAAUGGACCGGUUCAUUCGCAUAAUGGCAGAUUCCUAUGGCAUUACUCAGAUUGUCGUCUACAACAACUCAGAGAUGCGAAUGAUUCGAUCCUCUGCCAAGCGUAAUCACAUGAGCAUUGUGUUCACCACCGGAGUCGAAGAUCCAAUUAUGAAGGUGGUCAACAAAGUGCUGCUGGCCAGGCACUAUUACUUCAGUGUAUUUAUGAUGAUGGAUAAGAUUGGCGACAUAGAGCCUGUCUAUGAGAUGUGUCGCUUUCUGGGCGAGUAUCAGUUUGAAAAUUCGCUGCUGUAUUUCGAAUCGAUGGAUGGAAGUAAUCAGCUCUUUGGCACCGCAAGAUAUCCCGCAAAGCAAAUUGAGAAUCGCACAGAUGUCAAAAGGUAUUUCGAACGUAAACGCAGGGAAAUGGUUAACGCUCAAAUGGAUGUGAAAGGUUUCAGUUUUGCGACGCCAUUGCGUGAGGACGCCCCACAUUUAUUUGAGGUGGGCGGACACUAUGAGGGCAGCACCUAUCGCAUCAUAGAAACAUUUGUUCAGCAUCUCAAUGGAAGCUUCACUAAGCUGGAACUACCCAAGGAUGCACUUGGCGGUCAGGUGGUUAAUAUGAAGCUAACCCUGGAGCUGGUGAGUCAACGUCGCAUUGAGUUCUCCGCCCAUGCCUACGCGCUCUUCAGGUCCGAUGAUGAGCUGGAGAAGAGCUAUCCUCUGCUCGUGGUGCGCUGGUGUUUGAUGGUGCCGUUGUACAACAAGGUCUCCACUUAUUUGUAUGCUGUGCAGCCCUUCUCUGGCGUUGUGUGGUUCUUCGUGGUUGGCGCUUUUGUGGCUCUGCUGUCGCUGGAGCUGCUCUGGAUUUGGCUGUCCUCGGACAGUGCUGCAGAAUCCUUCAUUGCCGCCUUGCUCAACUCUUUCUGCUACAUAAUCAAUAUAGCAACAGGUCGGCAGUUGAUGCAGCCAUCAAUACUGCGAAUUCUGCUUUUAGUCACCGUCUUUUUCCAUGGCUUCUUCUUGUCUGCGUACUACACUUCGACACUCGGCAGCAUUCUGACUGUGAAUCUGUUUCACGCUCAGCUCAACACAAUGGAUGAUCUGGUGGAGGCGCAACUGCCAGUUAUGAUCAUCGACUAUGAAUUGGAGUUCCUUUUGGAAAUGCAGUCUGAUCUUCCGACGGAGUUUCGCAAACUUCUACGACCUGUGGACAGCGGAGUUUAUGCUCAGCAUCAGAUGGCUUUCAACAGCUCGUAUGCUUACUUUGUGACCGAGGAUACUUGGCAGUUUUUGAAUGAACAGCAGCGGCACUUGAAGCAGCCUCAUUUCAAGUUUAGCGACAUUUGCUUUGGUUCCUUCCACCUUGCCUAUCCCAUGCAGAUGGACUCAUCCCUGUGGCGGGACCUCGAGUACUACACAUUUCGCGUGCACUCCUCUGGGCUGCAUAAUUAUUAUGCCAGAAUCAGUUUUGAAUCUGCAUUGCGGGCGGGAAUUGUGCAGCGCUUGCAGGAGAACAAGGAGUACACCUCGGCGGGACUGCAACAUCUUGCGAUUGCAUUUAUUUUCCUUUUGACCAUGGCUGCAAUUGCGAUUAUAAUCUUCUGCCUUGAGCUAAGUUGGGCGCGUAUUUUAUGCUCAGUCAGUGGCAAUUUAAAUAUUUAA